AUGUUUUCUAUCCUGUUUGACCCUGCUUCAGUUGUUUGGUUUCACAUUGGGAUGAGAGUUCUUGCUGUUGCUGAUGAUCUAACUUGCUUCAAAUUACCAGAUGGACUUCUAAGAAAAUGCCAAUAUCAAGGUACCAUUAUCAUUAGGCUCUAUGGUUUUGGCUCUAGCAUCGUCAUUUCAAUAAGUGUGAGAAUUGAUUAACUGUAACAUAAUUUAGACACUAAAUCAGGUGAAACUAUGAAUUUCUAUCAAAUUCAAUUUAAAAGGUAAAUGACGAUUUUACCUUUAUGUUUACAAGGUCAUUUACAAUUAACUUUGAAAGAAAUUGUUUAUUCUUAAUGUCUGUAAUAGGAAAAAGAUAGACUUUCUUUUGGCAAUUAUAAGCUUAAACUUGUUCUUUUUUGGAGUGAAUGAACCACCGUGAGUAACUGACCGUCUGCCCUUAUAUUUACAAGGGAAUUGACGACAUGGUGAUGACAGAGAUUGGCCGGCAGAGGAGUUGGUGAAGAACGCAGCUUGUUUACAUGUUUUUCACAUCACUCGCACUCUCUCUCUCUCUCUCAGGUCUCUACAUAUUAUGUACAACUCCAGACCAGGUGCUACGAGGAGGAAUCUAGAAGUUGGCUGGAAUUGUUGUUGUUGAAGUAACCAGAGACGCUGGUUUUCCAUUUGAUCCAUGAAGGCAGGAUAUUAUCAUGCAGGGGAUAAUGUGAAAUCUUGUAUUACGAUGGAGUUUACAUGAUGAUGUCAUGGAGUAUAAUGGAAUACGAGAACCAAAUGGGUGUGAUUGUUGAGCUUAGCCAUGCCAUCUUGUUUCUGUUAUGAGAUUAUACUUUCAUUUUUUUAGUAUGCCAUUUUAGUUAUUUUCGUAGAUUAUAAUAAUCUUACUUUCAAUUCUUUCUAUUAUGGCAAUAUACUAUCAAUAGUGGUUUAUGUAUUAUAGCACCUUUCUAUACCAAUGUUUGACAUUAGAAAUUUUUGUGA